AGGAGCCCAGCUGGCUUCACCCAGUGGAUCCCACCCCAGGGGCAGCUGGUGGAGCUGCCUGCCAGUACUGUGCAUGCACCCGCACUUCUCUGCCCUUGGGCGGUCGAUGGGAUCGGGCACCGUGGAGCAGGGGGUGGCACUCGUAGGGGAGGCUUGGGCCACGCAGGAGCCCAGGGUGGGGAGGCUCAGGCAUGGCGGGCUGCAGGUCCGGAGCCCUGCCCCACAGGGAGGCAGCUAAGGCCCAGCGAGAAAUCGAGCUCAGUGCCGGUGGGCCGGCACUGCUGGGGGACCUGGCGCACCCUCCGCAGCUGCUGGCCCAGGUGCUAAGCACUUCACUGCCCAGGGCGGGGGGCCUGCCGGCCGCUCCGAGUGCAGGGCCCGCCAAGCCCACGCCCACCUGGAACUCUAGCUGGCCUGCAAGCCCUGCAUGCAGCCCCGGUUCCCGCCCGUGCCUCUCCCUCCACAUCUCCAAGCAGGCUGAGGGAGCCGGUUCUGGCUUUGGCCUACCCAGGAAGGGGCUCCCACAGUGCAGUGGCUGGCUGAAGGGCUCCUCCAGCGCGGCCAGAGUGGGCACCGAGGCCGAGGAGGCUCCGAGAGCGAGCGAGGGCUGCGAGGGCUGCCAGCACACUGUCACCUCUCACUUUGCCUAUUAUAAAAAAUGAGAGAGAUAAAAUAAAAGCAAAUUUAUAUGUGACCCCAGAAUCUAGAACAGAGCUCUUUAUCUCUCUCUCAGCAAGGCCUAUUAACUAACACAGUUUUGCUGCUGUCUGUUUUCGGAACAAAGACUUGUUCUGUGUACUCAGACAGUCUAAAAUGAAGGUUGAAAAAACAGCUCAUGUCCAUACACAGAAACAGAAACUGAACCGAACACCGAAACUGAAACUGUUUGUCUCUUCCUGAGAAACGAGCAAACCUGAAAGCUACUCUCUCAGCUUCAGAGGGAAAAAAUGGUUGUAGAUUUCCGGACUUGGGAGCAGACAUUUCAAGAACUAAUCCAAGAGGCAAAACCCCGGGCCACAUGGACGCUGAAGUUGGAUGGCAACCUUCAGCUAGACUGCCUGGCUCAAGGGUGGAAGCAAUAUCAACAGAGAGCAUUUGGCUGGUUCCGGUGUUCCUCCUGCCAGCGAAGUUGGGCUUCCGCCCAAGUGCAGAUUCUGUGCCACACGUACUGGGAGCACUGGACAUCCCAGGGCCAGGUGCGUAUGAGGCUCUUUGGCCAAAGGUGCCAGAAGUGCUCCUGGUCCCAAUAUGAGAUGCCUGAGUUCUCCUUGGAUAGCACUAUGAGGGUUCUGAGCAACCUGGUGCAGCAUAUACUGAAGAAAUACUAUGGAAAUGGCAUGAGGAAGUCUCCAGAAAUGCCAGUAAUCCUGGAAGUGUCCCUGGAAGGAUCCCAUGACACAGCCAAUUGUGAGGCAUGCACUUUGGGCAUCUGUGGACAGGGCUUAAAAAGCUACAUGACAAAGCCGUCCAAAUCCCUACUCCCCCACCUAAAGACUGGGAAUUCAUCACCUGGAAUUGGUGCUGUGUACCUCGCAAACCAAGCCAAGAACCAGUCAGCUGAGGCAAAAGAGGCUAAGGGGAGGGGGUAUGAGAAAUUAGGGCCCAGUCGAGACCCAGAUCCAUUGAACAUCUGUGUCUUUAUUUUGCUGCUUGUAUUUAUUGUAGUCAAAUGCUUUACAUCAGAAUGAUGAAAAUAGGCUUGCCACUUUCUCUUGUUUUAAUUGCAUGGUAGUCAAUGAACUGGCUGCCACUUUAAUAUAACUGAAAAUUCACUUUGAGACCAAGCAGGAUCAAGUUUGUAUAAGAAACACUGGUUUCCUAGCUAUCCUCUGAAAACAGUGUAAAACAUGACCAAGUACAUAAUGGAUUUAGUAAUAAAUAUUGUCGAAUUGCUAAAAA